UGGUGUCCAUGUGCCAUUGAAUAGGUGGAGAAGAAUCCCUUUAUAGAAAGCGUUAAAAGAAAGAGAGAUAAAGAGGACGGAAAAUGAAAAUGGUGCAAGAGGGAAUCCGAAAGGGUCCAUGGACAGAACAGGAGGACUUCAAAUUGAACUGCUUUGUGGGUUUGUUCGGAGAUCGACGAUGGGAUUUUAUAGCAAAAGUUUCAGGUUUGAAGGUGGCGGGAGACAAAAAUAAUAGGUUUGAACAGAACAGGAAAAAGUUGCAGGUUGCGAUGGGUUAAUUAUAUGCACCCUGGCCUCAAACGAGGCAAGAUGACUCCUCAUGAAGAGCGCCGUGUGCUCGAACUUCACGAUAAAUGGGGAAACAGAUGGUCAAGAAUUGCCCGCAACUUACCUGGGCGUACAGAUAACGAGAUUAAGAAUUACUGGAGAACUCAUAUGAGGAAGAAGGCUCAAGAGAAGAAACAGGCUGUGUCUCCACCACCAUCAUCUUGUACUUCUCAUUUGUCAUCAGCAAGUAAUCUUGCUGUGGAUUCGUCGCCCUUCCCACAGACUGGAGCAGAGAGCUUUUCUGAAAAACGAGGUGCUCGAAUCAUAGCUUCAGCAGAAAAGCAGAAGAAUGAAGUGAAAAUGGGGGAAAUUGGAUACGCAAUAGAUUAUAUAUGGAAAGAUGAAGCUGGAGAAGAGAGCUUUCAAGAAACAGGAGCUCCUAAGGUAAUAGCUGUGGAUUCUCUGCCCUUCCCACAGACUGGAGCAGAGAGCUUUUAUGACACCGGAGGCCUCCCUGUCAUAGCUCCAGCAGAAAAGCAGAAUGAAGAGAAAGCGGGUGAAAAUGGGUACUCCAUGGAUGACAUAUGGAAAGAUAUUGCUCUGUCAGAAGAGAAUAAUAUAAAACCAGCCAAUGAUAGCUAUGGUGAAGAGGUUAGAAGUUUCUCUCCUCCUCCUCCGGCUUCCCCACCAUGGGAGUUCUGGUUGGACUCGCUAUGGAGGUUCGAUGAAGAAGAGAGUAAGAUGUUUCCGCCCAUGGGCGAUCAAUUUUUCCCCUUUUAUGAAUAUGGGAGGGCGUCUCUAACUGGCUAGUCAUAAUUUUAUUGAUUAAGAUUUGUUCAUAUGUGUUAUAUGCAUUCCCACCCCCCCACCC